AUGUCGCCCCCACUCGAGCUCGACUACAUAGGCCUCUCGCCGCCGGCGGCCGCCGCCGCCGCUGCCGGUGCCGACGACGACCUGAAGGGUACCGAGCUCCGCCUCGGUCUGCCGGGGUCCGGGUCGCCGGAACGCCGUGUCGCGGCUGCCACCGCUACCACCCUGGACCUGCUCCCGGCCAAAGGCGCCAAGCGCGGGUUUUCUGACGAGGCGCCCCCGCCAUCGCCCGUUGCCGCUGCUGGGAAGGGAAAGAAGGUGGCGGAAGAGGCGGACAACGACAAGAAGGUUGCAGCGACGCCGCAGCCGGCUGCAAAAGCUCAGGUGGUGGGAUGGCCACCAAUCCGCAGCUACCGCAAGAACACGAUGGCUACCACCCAGCUGAAGGGCAGCAAGGAGGAUGCUGAGGCCAAGCAGGGCCAGGGGUUCCUGUACGUUAAGGUCAGCAUGGAUGGCGCGCCGUACCUCAGGAAGAUUGACCUCAAGACUUACAAGAACUACAAGGACCUGUCGACUGCCCUUGAGAAGAUGUUCAAUGGCUUCAGUACUGGCAAGGACGGCUUAUCUGAGUACCGCAAGGAUGGUGAAUAUGUUCUGACUUAUGAGGACAAGGAUGGAGAUUGGAUGCUUGUCGGCGAUGUACCAUGGGAGAUGUUCGCUGACUCUUGCCGCAGGCUCAGGAUCAUGAAAGGAUCAGAUGCAAUUGGACUUGCUCCAAGGGCAGCUGAUAAGUCCAAGAACCGCAACUAG